AUGGCAGCACCAACAUGGGACAACGCCCGACGGCACGCACGAGCACUGGAAACAGCAUUAGACAGUAAAUUGUCGACUUACUCGAAAUUGGCAGCUACCAUCGCUCGUCAGGGAGGUAGUACCUCUUCAUCGGGAGCAGGACUGGAGGAAGAUGGCGAUGGAGUUGGGGGUUAUAAAUUGGUAGAAGAGGAAAUUGAGGAGCUGCUGGGAAAGCUCGAACAGGCGAUAGAUGACUUAUCAACCCUGAUAAAUUCGCCCUCUCAACCCCCUUCGGCAUCGAUGCAACAUGCAGCUCAGAGACAUCGAGAUAAUUUGGAUGAUUACAGGAGGGAUUUCCUAAGGACGAGGGGCAAUGUCGAACAGAGUAUAAGAAGGUCGAAUUUAUUGGGAUCGGUAAGAAAGGAUAUCAAUGAUUACAAAUCAGCUACCAACUCUCAGACAGACGCUUUGCUCCAAGAUAGAAGUAGGAUCGAUUCGAGUCACAGGAUGAUGGAUGAUACGUUGAACCAAGCAUACGCAACAAGAGAAGAUUUCGCUCAACAACGUUCACUCCUUGCAUCAAUCGAUUCAAGGAUGGGCGGCGUCCUUUCCCAGAUGCCAGGUAUAAAUUCUUUGAUCACUGCUAUUAGAACAAGAAGGAGGAGAGAUACGUUGAUCGUAGGUUGUGUUGUUGGAUUUUGUAUGAUUUUGUUGUUAGGUUAUACGUUUGGUUUUUGA